UUCAUCCUCGUCUCUUUCUCUUUCUCCUCUUCCACAUACAUCAAUAUGUCGGCAGUGGACUCCAAAAUCCCAGCCGAUGUAAAGGCCCAGGCGCCCGUCGCCAACGGCGCCCACCUCAACGGCUCCAAGCCCUCCUGGCGCACCUCAAACGUCAAGACGGUCCCCAACCCCCCGCUGCCCGCAGAGGGCUGCGGCUCGUUCAACAACUACCACCUCGCCGCCAUUGACAUUAUCGUCCCAUGGAUCGUCCAGCGCUGCCUCCCCUUCGCCCGCAGCAGCUGGUACAUGUACUUGUUCCUCUUCGUCGUCCUCUUCGUGCCCCUCACCAUCGGCUACUGGAUCGUCAUGUCCCGCUACGGCCCUCCCAUCAACGACAAGAUGCCUCUCCCCAACCGUCCCCUCUCCGACUACUACACCAUCACCGACGAGGAGAUGCGCGCAAAGUGGGACGGCAAGAAGAUGCCCAUGCAGAUCUGGCACGACGCCUACUUUGACGGCAAGAUCGAGCUCGCCCCCGGCAUGUCGUGUCUCGACGUCCUCGAGUACCGCUACGACUGGUCGCGUUUCGAGCUGUCAUUCGACAACUUCCGCUACGUCCUCUUCAACCUCAUCCCCGAUGUCAUCUUCCACACCAAGCAGCAGGACGAGGACCAGAUCCGUGACAACUAUGACCGGGGCAACGACUUCUACAGCUGGUUCCUCGGCCCCCGCAUGAUUUACACCAGCGGCGUCAUCAGCGACAUCCACCGCGAGGAGACGCUCGAGGAGCUCCAGGACAACAAGCUCAACCUCGUGUGCGACAAGAUCGACCUCAAGCCCACCGACACCCUCCUCGACAUCGGCUGUGGCUGGGGCACCCUCAUCGCGCACGCCGCCAAGAACUACGGCUGCCAGGUGACGGGUAUUACAGUUGCGCAGAACGGCGCCGAGUGGGCCAACCAGCGCCUGCGCGAGGCCGGCAUCCCCGAGUCCCAGGGCCGCGCCCUCUGCCUCGACUACCGCGAGAUCCCCAAGACGCAAAAGUUCUCCAAGAUCACGUGUCUCGAGAUGGCCGAGCACGUCGGCAUGAAGCGCUACCGCACCUUCCUGCGCGGCCUGUACGACCUGCUCGAAGACGACGGCCUCCUGUGCUUCCAGGUCGCGGGCCUCCGCAAGUGCUGGCAGUUCGAGGACCUCAUUUGGGGCAUCUUCAUGAACAAGUACAUCUUCCCCGGCGCCGACGCCUCGCUCAACAUGGGCUGGGUUAUCAACGAGCUCGAGGGCGCCGGCUUUGAAGUCAAGAGCGCCGACGUCUUUGGCGUCCACUACGCCGCCACCCUCCACCGCUGGUACAAGAACUGGAUUAUGAACCGCGAGAAGGUCGAGGCCACCUACGGCCCUAGAUGGUACCGUCUCUGGCUCUACUUCCUCGCGUACUCGAUCAUCGUCGCGCGCCAGGGAGGCUCGUCCGUCUUCCAGAUCACGCUCCACAAGAACCUCAACGGCUUCCACCGCGUCGAGGGCGUCCCCACCCACCCCGCCGUCAAGAUGGUCCGCCCCAAGGGCGACUUUGUCCCCAUCGACACCCACAAGAGCUGGUUCCCCGAGGUCUACGGCACCUCGGUCUCGGCCUCCGCCCCCAAGAUCUAAGCGCGGGUUUUGGUCUCGGCCUCGGCUUCGGCCUCGAGCCUCUGAAUGUGGGCGCGCGCUGGCACGCUCCCCUUCAUGUCAUCUACACCAUCUCCCUCCUCCCCCUCCCCCCUCCCCCCAAGCGCAUAGAGCAAUGCUAUAGACUACUUGGCACCAGCGCUGCGGCGUUUUUGAAUGCAUG